AUUCAUUACCACAGUUAUUGAUGCAAGUCAUUAGAUUUGUAAUGCCCUCAAAGAAUAAACAAUUGAAGAAAUUAUUACAUUUUUAUUGGGAGAUAUGUCCAAAGACUAAUCCCGAUGGGAAGUUAAAACAGGAGAUGAUUUUGGUUUGCAAUGCUAUUAGAAAUGACCUCCAACAUCCAAAUGAAUAUAUAAGAGGAGCCACUCUUCGGUUUCUGUGUAAACUGCGUGAACCCGAGUUGCUUGAACCAUUAGUUCCGUCCUGUCGAUUGUGUCUGGAACAUCGACAUGGAUACGUCAGGAAGAACGCCGUAUUCGCGAUAUACACCAUUUAUAAGCACUUUGAAUAUCUCAUUCCUGACGCCCCUGAACUGAUUCAAUCAUUCCUGAUAGCUGAGGCAGAUCAAACUUGUAAAAGGAAUGCUUUUGUGAUGCUAUGUAACACUAGUCAGGCACGGGCGGUAGAAUAUCUUAAUGAGGUGUUUGAUCAAGUACCAAACUUUGAUGAACUGUUGCAGAUGGCAGUGAUUGAGCUUAUCAGGAAAGACUGUCGAAAUAACUCGGUUAAUAGGGGAAAGUACAUUCGAUGUAUAUUUGAAUUGCUUAGCGCGUCAUCACAUUCAGUAAAAUAUGAAGCCGCAACAUCGCUAAUGGCUCUCACUCACGCACCUGCUGCAGUAAAAGCGGCGGUGUCUUGCAUUACAUACAAGUUCAGAGUGAUGUUCACAAUAACAUUUGCAAUUUAUAGUCGAGUAUGUGCCCACCGUGCUGGCUUGAUCCGCAAAUACAAUCUCAACGUGUGCCGUCAGUGCUUCCGUGAAUAUGCCAAAGAUAUUGGAUUCAAGAAGUAUCGUUAA